UUUUCACGCAGCCAAUCGGUGCCAGUCUUGAAAACAGAAGCUACUGCAGCAAUGUGCCUUAAAGACAUGGACUUGAUCCAUCUCACUCACAUCAAUUGAGAUUGUGAAGGUGCAAAGCUGUCAAGAGGUACACAAAAAUUCACAAAGUUUGUGUAGACAUGUGUAGACUACGUGUUUGUGUGUUCAGUUCUCAUCAUCGACUCAUCAUCCAAGUUAUGCACCUCUCUUUCUUUCCACCUGGCAUCAUGGUGCUUUCCUCGGCCAUAACCUGCAAGUGCGCAGUCUAUGGCAGUCUUGAACUUCUCCGGCCUCUGUCGACGCGUCUUGGUGUCAUACUUUUUCUGUAUAGUCUGUAUAGGCUGUAUAGGCUAGGUGAUAAGUUAAAAUAAGAUUUUCAAGAACUUCGGCGGCAUGCAUUUUCAAACAUGUUCAAUUCAGGUAUGGUUUUUGAAGAUUAAAGGACAUGUGCAAAAUGACCCAGUAACUGUAUAGGGCGUGUUGCACAAACGUCUAAGCUUGACAGUCAAGAUCAAAGCAAACCGUCCAUGGACAGGACGGCCACCCCCUGAAGUCAUGUCCAAGCUCGUCCAAUGUGGACCAUAGUGGACCUACGUCUGCACUUUCGACGUCGAGAUAUCAACAGUUUGCGAUGGCUCCGGUGAGAUUCCAUAUGCCGGUGCUUUGCUGCCUACAGCAAGCCACGAUUUCAAUAGCACCCAUGCCUUUGGGAGGCUUGGGUGUCCUGCAUGCUUUGUCCAAGCUCCGAAUCCUUUUGCUCGAAAUAUCCACAGUAUUUCUAAGUUUUAUGAGGUUCUUAUGCAACCUUCUAUUCAAACGCACCAUGCAAACUGCCUGUGCUUUAACUUUGGUGCAAACAUGUGCAAACAUAAGGAGGCAUUGGCUCAUAUUGACUCAAAGGAGCAUCUGUUUGGCCUAGGCAAGGACGUUUUGCGGCGCAAUCCCGCUCUGAGAGCCUGCAAUUCUGCUAGCCUCCUCCUGCUUUCGACUCCUCAAACAGACAUGAUAUAUUGGAUGUAUUGGGAUUGAAAGAUAUGGAAAACCUUUUUCAAACCUACUGGAUAUGAUUUAUGAUCGUUCUUUUGCCAAGUUGAUACUUGACUUGAAGCUAAGUUCCAAGGUCUUCUAUAGAGCUCUGAGGGCGGGAACAUGAUCUUCUCAGCACAGUGACAGUGGCAAUAGGCUAGGUCGCAAAUUUCAUAGGAAGGUCGCUUUUUUCGAAGCGGGGUAUGCCACCGGCAUCUUCCAUCAAAGGGAAAUAAUCGAGGACCUCCGAGUCGAUGUGAUCACGGUCUGUAGGAUACACGAGACUUUACUGCAAGCAUCUCACUUAUUGUCUGCCUGCAUGUUUUUUCUUCUGCGCUUUGCACAACGGGUGACGGAUGGCGACAGUGACUUCGAAAUGUCUCUCACUAGCUAGUCAUGGACACCGUUGCCAAGCUAGUGAGACAUUGUAAAAGUGGGCUCUCUUUACAGCAGCUGGCGUUUCCUUCAUAUGAACCAUAUGUUUUUUGUCUGUAUGAAAGUGUGAUAUUCCAGCAAAUCGCUGAAUUCAUCACAGUUUUCAUGGCUCCUCUCUCUAGAACUAUGCUGCUGAGUUGGUUCCAGCGCCAGUGAGCUGAAGGGAAGCUAACGCAGUGCGGCAGCGUGCAGUCAGUGACUCUCCGCAAUGCACUGCCACGGAUGCAUGUGCUGCAUGUGGUUGUGCCGUUCCAGAGUUGGGCUACUCAGCCCUCGGAGUUGCAAGGAGGCGUCCAGUUAGUUGUGCGCCUGCCAUUACUUAGCCAUCCCGGGAUUGGCACAAAAGGGUUUCAGCACCUGAUUGCUUUUCCAGAUGGUCUCAAUGGAAAGCUCAACUCAAACAAACAGAGUGGACAGGGAGCAUGCAAAAUAGUUAGGGGCAAAACAAGUCUGAACGUGCCAUCUGGGUGUAAAUCAAGAUUGCCUCUGCGAAGAUACAUGCUUUUCUCCCACUGGGAGCAACAAAGUCUCAGCAUUUCUUUGCUUCCAAGGCACCCCAAAAGCCUUGCUGAUGCUUUGGCAACAGGCUGGUAAACAUACUUUGAAAACACUUUGACCUGAUACUGAUAAACACUUUGACCUGAUACUGAUACUGAUCACACUUCAAGACUUUGAGGAUCUUUCAGGCACUGGCAAAGCAGCCAUAUUACAGCUGGAGGAUCAUCAAGUCAAAUUGGACUUUAAUUCCGGUAGGAGCUUAUAUGGACCUAAAGGGCCGUGCGUCAGCUGAUCGUUGCCUAUUGAAUCUCAGGUUCGGGCUAAGAAUGUUGGACAAACAAAGAAAACAUUGUACGAGGCCACAGAAUGCAUGGGCAGCAAGGACCGGGAAUGCAAGGGUCCCACCGUUGUUUUUGCAGCCUCUUGGAAACGAGAUUCAUGGCACCCAUCCUCAUUCCAAGAAAGUCCAAUGUUGAACUCGGGACUGUUUCAUGCAACGGGUGCCUUUGCAACUCUUCAGACCAUCAACCGCGGCUCAACUGUCCAAGCAUGGCUGGAGGCUGCGAUUCGAAUUUCAUCCUAAACAAUGCAACCAUCCACGUCUAACACUAGCUGAGGGUUUGAUUCUCUCUGGCCUCUGUGGAUACUGGUCAUGCUCCUCUCAUUGCUCUUCGGUCUCGACUCUCGACAUUGUACCUGGCUUGCAACAGCUCAUCUCAUGCGCAAAAAUAGGCUGUUGCUUUUGACAUCAACAAUCCAACCAGCUCCCAGCUUCAUUGCUUUGAAUUGUGCUCUGUUCUCCAAGCAAUUCUCCCAAGAAUCAAAGUAUAGACUUGAGAAAGAGCACUUGGUAUGAUAAUCAUAAUACUUGACACACUGCGAAGCCGCACGAAGGCACAUGGAGAAACCCUAGAAUCCAUUUGGAACCUCCUAGAAAUCAACUGAAUUCAUCGGAUUUUGCUUGGUCAAACUGAGGCAAGUUUAAGCAUCCAAAAUGCAGAGCCCAUUGUCUGUGUCAGGUUGUUGCAGGCAGCUCCUGGUAUAUUUGCGUAGGCAAGCUACUGGUAUGUCCUGCGAGCCAAACAACCUGGCAAGGCGGCAAGCCUUGUGAAGUGCGUUACGAAAGUUCCGUUGCUCUGCUUCUGCAUGAUAUGCCAAAUACGGUGGGGUAUAGCUUUGCCGUUGAGACACUGGCAGGGAACGGAUCUGAGUAAAUGUGGUGGAAUAUGUUGCGUCUCUGAUGUUUCGGUGUCGCAAACACCAAAACACUUGGGAUCACUAAACUGGCAUCCAUGCUGGCCUCUAACAUCUGCACCGAUUUUUCUCCACCAACUCAAGGCCAUCCGCGUUCGUAUUUUCUGAGUACGUCUUGCGCAAGCAGCAGGACUGAAUUUGCCUUUCUGCUUCGGUCGGAACAUACCUGUACCUCUUGAACAUCACAAACAUCCUAAAGAGUUUCAUGCUACACACUCUUGAAAGGGAGCGGAACAAAAAUAUGAGCCGUGCAAGGCAAGCGUAUGCUGCGCUUCAGUGGGAGCAACACUACAAAGAAACAUCCUGACCAUCCUGACCCAAAGUUUUCUUUGGAUGCAUUACUUGUGGAUGACUUUUGGACACAGC